AUGAGGCGGGUGCUUAUCGCUUAUUAUUUACUACUACUGUCACUACAUCACUACGUAGAUGCUAUACCCAAAUUUCAUACAGUCAACAGCCAUUUCCACAAUGGCACCACUUGUCCAGCUGUGACAAGACCAAAUGUGCUUUGUCCUGUUCUAUGUGUCACAAAUCAGGCACUGUGUCCACCUCAGUUUGGCCCUCAGUCAUGUCCAAAUGGCUCCAGCCUGUGUAUCGAUGGAUCUUGUAGAGCUGUGCUAAAGGCUUGCAGAAGCAGCGCAUUUCAUGUAGAUAUACCCAACUACGAUCCCAAGAAUAUGACUCUCCAGCAAUACGAAGCUUGUUCAACUGGCAUGAACAUACCUUCCACCAUUCAGAAUACAUGGGCCAAUCUUCCUUCCAACCAACAAGCCAUGAUAUGGAACAUAUGCGAGGCACCUCAGGGCAUGAAUUUUCCUAUCCGAGCUGUGAUAGUGAUCGUCUAUCUUGCGGUUCAUCUAGCCUUCUUCCCAUUAUGGGGAUUAUGGGCUAUUUACAAGCAUGCCAAAGAAAAGAAAUUGAACAUGAUCCAUAUGGAUCAUGCCAAUGGCAUUAAAAUAAAUGGAAGACCACAGUUGGUUGAGUUGGAGACAAGUCCAUCCAGCAGUAAUGAGAUCAUUCAUUGUGAAGAAAAGGACAACAGUGAAAAGGGUUUUGCAGAGCAUGUCGAUAUGGAAGGCAGUGCUAUAGAGGAGGAAAAACAAGAAGACCACAAUGAGCUAACGCAACGAGGUUUCAAGCGUAAUACUAUCGGCAAUUCCAUGAUUGUGUACAUGGGCGUCAUCUCGAUAUUCUGGAUUGGGAUACUACUGCUGCUAUGCUUGGAUUAUUAUGGCUAUGUUAUCAAAGAUACGCCGUUUGGAUUAUUCUACAACUCUUACGAUUUGUCAAGCAAAGCAUUCUGUGUUGCCUGGUUUCUCUCCACCAGCUGGUACUUAUUCAUCAACAUUGCAAGAACCAAGAUCAAAAACUACUUUCGUAUUGAAACAACAUUUGCCAAUGCUGACUUUAUUCAGAUUAGGAAACCGAGACGAGUGAUCCAAAUGAAGAGUGAAAGCGAGCGUAGUGUGAUUAUGCCUGCGCUGUCGAAAUUCGAAAGCAUGACUCGACAACUAUUGGGCUUUGACACACUCACUACUACUGUACCCGUUGUCAAGUUGGACGACCAACAACGCUAUUUUGAGUUUCAAUCCACUCGAUACCACUAUGAAGCGACCACACAGACAUUUGAACCAGUGGACAUCAAGAAGUUCUUCAGUAUGAAGCCGCAAGACUUGGUCACCAUGAAGAAGGGACUGGACGAUGCUACAACACAGACUCGCCUGCAAUCACUGGGCCCUAAUUUCAUUGAGGUCAAGGUACCAAGUUUCCUUCAAGCGCUUUGGGAGGAAUUGACUGGUUUCUUUUACAUUUAUCAAUUGCAAAUCCUAUGGUGCUACUUUUACUUGGCUUACUGGCAGAUUGGUAUAUCAGACACGGGUGUAAUUCUUUUGGCUGCUCUCAUCAAGGUGAUUGUGCGUUUGAAAUCAGAGAAAAGAGUUAAGACGAUGGCAGAACAUGUGGAUACAUGUCAAGUGCUUCGAAACCAGGUGUGGUCAGGUGUAUCUACUGCUGAUUUGGUGCCUGGAGACGUAGUCAAGGUGGAAGCUGGUCAAACUGUGCCUGUGGAUGCUGUGAUACUUUGUGGUGAUAUUGUCGUAGAUGAAAGUUCAUUGACAGGCGAACCACUUCCUAUUAGAAAAUUUCCUCUGCGUUCCACGGAUGACAGUGCAUCUCUUAUCGACUUUGAUUGCCAAUCUUCUGCUGGCAAGACAAAUAGCUUAUUUGCAGGCACCACCGUCAAGCAGAGUACUGCAGACGCUAUUGCCUUGGUGCUCAAGACUCGCACAGACACGGACAAAGGACAGCUUGUGCAGCGCAUCUUGUUUCCUCAGCCAGUGUCGUUCAUCUUUAAUGAGCAGCUCAAAUUGGUCUUUUUUUUAUUGCUAUUAUGGGCUCUCGUCUUGCUUGGAUUUGGUGCCUGGUGGCUCGGUGGAACAGGCAUGACGGCUUGGUUUUAUGGCACCAUUUGUGCAGCUCAAGUCAUGAACCCUCUUCUUCCAGCCAUUUUGGUGGUGGGACAAUCGGUGGCAGCGGGAAGACUAAAGAAGAAGGGUGUAUUCUGCGUUGAUUUUCCCCGCAUUCUGAUGGCUGGCAAGGUGCAAGUCUUUUGCUUUGAUAAGACGGGCACAUUGACCAAGGAGGGUUUGGAGUAUUAUGGCGUGUAUCCUGCCAAAAAAGAGGCCUUUGAAGAUUUGCAGCCAUCCUUCACGGAACUCUCAAACACCAACAACGAUUUGAUGCAAAUGGGGCUGUCUUGCUGUCACUCUGUUACUAUGCUCAAUGGAGACUAUGUUGGCAAUCCCGUGGAUUUAGUCAUGUUCCAAGCAACAGAAGCAUCAUUGUCAACGGAUGAAGCAGGCCAGGAAUUGAUCAUUCCAAACAAGAACCAAGGACCCACACUCAAAGUGCUUCAACUCUUUGAAUUUCAGCAUGCUCGGGCAACCAUGUCGAUUGCAGUCAAGGACAUGAUAACGGGCCAUGUACACGUCUUUUGCAAAGGGUCAUUUGAGAGAAUUGCUGAUGUGUCUGCAAGUGGGAUACCAGCAAAUUUUGAUGAAAUCACCUCACACAGUGCCAGAGUAGGGUGUUAUGUGCUCGGUAUGGCCCACCGCGACCUUGGCAUUCUGUCGCAGGAAGAAGAGGAUCAGCUUGCUACACACUGCACUCGAGAUCAGCUGGAAUCAGACUUGACAUUUAUAGGCUUGGUGCUUUUCAAAAACUUACUCAAAGAGGACACGGCAGAUGCUAUUCAGCAGAUCAAACAGGGUGAUGUUCGCGUUGUAAUGAUUACGGGCGAUAAUGCAUUGACAGGUGUCUUUAUCGGUCAGCAGUGCCAUUUUGUGCCACCCAAUGCACAAGUCAUUGUUGGCGAUGUCAUGGCUGACAUAGACAAACUGGUGUGGACUGAUGCGGAUACAGGCAAGCCAGUAGAGCAUAUUGACGCUGCUAUUGCCAGUGGUUAUGAAUUGGCCAUGACAGGCAAAGCAUUCCGUUUGCUGGUAUCUAAUGGUACUAUGCGCGACUAUCUAUUUUCCACUCGUAUAUUUGCAAGAAUGACGCCUGUAGACAAAAUGCAGUGUGUAGAGCUAUUGAUGGAGAGAGCCAUUACAGCCAUGUGCGGUGAUGGCGGCAAUGACUGUGGUGCGCUGAGGUCGGCUCAUGUAGGUAUUGCCAUGUCAGAAGCAGAAGCCUCGGUGGUAUCGCCUUUCAGUACACCCAAUCGGUCUGUGCAAGCGUGUGUUGAUCUGCUGAUUCAAGGUCGCUCAGCGCUUGCUACUUCAUUUGCCAGCUACAAGUAUCUCAUCAUGUAUGGUGAGACCAUGGCUACUGUCAAAUUCUGCACCUUUUACUAUACUAUGUCGUUUUCGCAGUGGAAUUUCAUCUUGAUUGAUGCCUUUAUCACAGUGUUCUGUGCCUUUGCAGUGACACAAGCUGGUGCAGCUAAGAGACUAUCACACCAUCGACCCACUGCUCGUAUUUUGGGACCUGAAGUCUUGCUGUCUGUGUUGGGGCAACUCUGGAUCAAUGUGUGGUUCUUGAUUGGUGCCUUCAUCUGGCUGUAUACAAGAGACGAUUUCUUUCGAUGCCGUGAAUGGGAUGCCAGAGCGACGGAUGCGUCCAAAUGGUGGCUGCUAGGCGACAGUUUCGAGGCAGAUGUACUGACAUUUAUAGCACUGUUCCAAUUUGUCAAUUGUGCCAUGGUUUUCAACUAUGGCUACAUCUUUCGACAGAGGUGGUACCGCAAUUAUUUUUUGAUAGUUGUUUGGGCAGUAUUCAUCAGUAUCGUCAGCUACUGGGAAUUGGCAGAUCCAAAUCGCUUUGGCUGCUUGAUGCGAUUGAAUUGCGGAAAUCCAGAUGUGUUGGUAUCGCUGGGUUAUGAAAGACCUUCCUUUUACAUUGAGCCGUACAAUAACCCAUUAGGACACAAUGUGCUUCCAAAAUCAUUCAGAUAUCAGUUUUGGGCUUACUCUAUUGUAAACAUGCUUGUGGUACAUGUUUGGGAGAGAUUCGUCAUUCUAGGUCCCGUGAGACAUAUGCUUAGAAAUAGUAACUACAAUUUUGUUAAACGUUUAUUCCCGUUCAAGACCUAA